AUGUCGUCUACCACUUCUUCCCCAACCUCGACCGCCCCCUCCGUCUCUGCUUCCACGACAGUAGCAACCAAUGACGGCUCCUCACCCAGCACAUUCUACAAGAACCUAUUCUACAUCUUGAUAGGCCUCUUGGUCAUCUUCGCCGUGUUUUCCUUUAUGUCGCUGCUCAAAGCAAGGCGAAGACGGCGGGCCAUCAUCGAUGAGGCGGAACGUCUAGGUGUCAUGGUCCCAGGCAUACCAGGCUACGUUCCCAUGCGCGACCGCCGCGGCUAUCAAUGGCUCCAAUCCAACGGCAAACAAUCACCGGAAUGGUGGGACAUUUCUGGAAACCCAGACAAGUUGGAUGAAGGGACUGGAAGCAAGGCAAGGAGCAGGAUGGGGAGUGCGCAUCCGAGUAUGGCUAGUUUGCAAGUGCCGGGGGAGGGGGCGAGGUUGAGGCAUCGAGCGAGUGGAGGGAGAUUGAAUGAUCCGUCAGAUUUCACACCCGUUGCUCUGGUUCCGCCGCCGCCGCCUCCACAAGCCCUGGGACCCGUCCCACAAUCAUCCGUACCCCAUUUCCCAAAUCACCUCGCCUACCGCCCUUCCUCCAUGCUCCCGCCCAAAGCGAGGUUUGACAAUAUCACACCGGGAGAAUUGGGCAAGCUGGAAGGACUGGUGGGAGAAGGGGUCGAAGUCGUAGGGAUUGUGAGAAUGCCGGUUCCGCCUUGGGUCUGUCAACGCAGGGGUUCGGACGAUGAAGAGGAUGGUCAGGAGAUACUGAGAGAGUGGGGAGGGGUCGAGCUGGGGAUUGCAAGGAUGCAAGUGAAGCGUUGA